ACCAUUCAAUACACCCGGAAAAUUUCUCUUCCUCUCGAUCCAGUUCAAAGUCUUAGCGGAAAAUUUGAGGGGAAAGGUCCAGAAAUGUCAGGGAAAUCUGAAUCUGUCAGCAGUGGAGGGGAAACAGACAAGAAGGCCCAGGGGGAACUUGAAUUGAAAACCAAGUCAGUUGAGAAGGAUAAAUCGAAACACAAGGAGGACAAGGAGAAGAAACAUGAAGAGAAAGAUAAGGAGAAAGCAAAGAAAAACGAGAGAAAGGAUGAUAAGGAGUUAAAGGAGAAGGUGAAGGACAAAGAAAAGAAGAAGAAGGAUGAUGAUGAAAAACUGGAGAAGGAGAAUGGUGAAGAUAAAAUGAAGAUGAUGAAGAACAAGGCUGAAGAGGAUGAAGUUAGAGAGACAGUAGAGAAGAACAAAGGUGGAGAGGGCAAAGAAGGAGAGAAGAAGAAGAAAGACAGACAUGAGAAAGAAAAAAAGGAUGUAGAGGAUGUGAGAAGAGGAGAUGAAAAUGUAGAUAAAGAAGAGAAGAAGAAAAAGAAGAGAGACAAGGAGGAGAAAGAGAAGAAAGAGAAGAAGGAGACUAAGGACAAAGAUGAAGAAGAAGAAGGAGAUGGAGAUAAAAGAGAAAAGAAAGAAGAGAAGGAGAAGAAGAAAAACAAGAAGGAAGGCAAGGAGGAGAAGGAGAAGGAGAAAAUGAAAAAGAAGCAGAUGGAUGAAGAGACUGAAGAAGAAGAAGAUGGAGAUAAGAGAGAGAAGAAAGAAGGGAAGAAGAAGAAGAAAGACAAGAUGGAAGACAAGGAGGAGAAAGAGAAGAAGAUAAAGGAGCAGAAAAAUGAAGAGACUGAAGAAGAAGAUGGAGAUGAAGGGAAGAAUAAGAAGAAAAGAGACAAAAAAGAUAAGGAGAAAAAUAAGGAGAAAAAGCUGAAGAAUGAAGAGUCUGGUGGAGAAAAAGGGGAUGAUGGGAAAAGAGAGGGGAAGAAGAAAAAGAAGCCAAAAGAUGAGGAAACUGAAGAAGAAGAUGGAGAUGAAGAGAAGAAGAAAAAAGACAAGAAAGAUAAAGUGAAAAAGCUGAAAAAUGAAGAGACUGGUGGAGAAGAAGAUGAUGGGAAAAGAGAGAGGAAGAAGAAAAAGAAGCAGCAGGAUGAAGAAACAGAAGAAGAAGAUGGAGAUGAAGAGAAGAAGAAGAAGAAGAAGAAAAAGGACAAGAAAGAUAAGGAGAAAAAGAAAGAGAAAAAUCUGAAGAGUGAAGAGACUGGUGGAGAAGAAGAUGAUGAUGGGAAAAGAGAGGGGAAGAAGAAAAAGAAGCAGAAAGAUGAAGAGACCAAAGAAGAAGAUGGAGAUGAAGAGGAGAAAAAAGACAAGAAAGAUAAGAAGGAGAAAAAGAAAGAGAAAAAGCUAAAGAAUGAAAAGACUAAUAGAGAAGAAGAAGAUGAUGGGAAAAGAGAAGGGAAGAAGAAAAAGAAGCAGAAAGAUGAGGAGACUGAAGAAGAUGGAGAUGAAGAGAAGAAAAAGAAGAAGAAAGAUAAGAAAGAUAAGAAUGAAAAAAAGAAAGAGAAAAAGCUGAAGAAUGAAGAGAGUGGUGGAGAAGAAGAGGAUGAUGGGAAAAGAGACAUGAAGAAGAAAGGAGAACGUAAGAAAGAGGAGAAAGAUGACGAAGAUGUAGAGAAGAAGGGUAAUUGUGAGAAUAUGAAGAAAAAGGCUGGUGCAGAUGAUGGGAAGGGGGUGAGUGAGAUAACCUUAAGAGAAAUUGAAGUAGAAGGGGUUGGAAUUGAAUCAGAGAGAAAACAGAAGGAAGAGGUGGAAGAUAAAACAAAAGAAGGAAAUGAAAAUAGAGCAGAAGAGAAGGAUAAAGGUGAGAAGAAAAGAAAACUCGGUGGCAAGUACAGGAACAAGGAUCUUAGCAAGCUAGAAACGGAGUUGGAGAAGAUUAACAGUAAAAUAGAGAGCCUGCAUGAGAAAAAGGCAGAGAUCCUGAAGCAGAUAGAAGAAGCUGAGGAGAAGGGUUGUGAUAUAUCUGAGAAGCAUUCACAAGCGGAAGCAGCUCCAACCGAUUUGGCAUAGCACCAUCCUGUGGUAACGGGAUUUCAGUUUCAAGUUGUUAUUGCAAUGUGGAAUGUCUACAUAUGUCCAUAAUACAAUGUCAAUAAAAUGCCUACAUACUGGAAUGUACAAUAUCUUUAAAAUGUUCGAACUUUGAUGUUGAUGAAUAAAUGUGCAACUGAAAU